UCUAAAGGAAAAUGCUUUAGAACGAAAUAAGAAAGCAUAAAUUAGUACGUUUACGAAUUUAACCCAAAACAUAUGUACCAUGCAUCCUUAUUACUGUCAUCUAAAUUUUGUUCCGUCAAAUUGACACUUAGUAGAAAGCGCGAAUAUUUAAAUUGUCUGAAAUAAUAUAUACGUGAAAAUAAUUGUCAAUGUUUAUGUAACUGCAAAGAUUCCAACAAUUGCAUCAAUGGAGUGAUAUGAGUGAUAAAUGUUAUAUGUGCAAAGUGUUUUAUUACAUUAAAGACGUAAGUGGUGUAGUUUGACAGUUAACCUAAAAUAACUGUGAUUAUAUCAGCGUUGUAAAUAAUAGUAAAUUAGGGGCAUUACGUGCAGUUUAUAUUUCAAAAAUAUCAGAAUAAUGCAGCUGUUAAUACAAGCCAGUCCAUUAAUCGAUAAAUUAAAGCAUUGGCAUAGAGCGAUAUCUUUUAAUGAGGUGCAGUUAACAACAUCACAGAAGGUGGUACUAUGGAGCCUAGGUGUAGUGGGUACGAGUGCAGUGGUAGUGGGUGUUUUAUCAAGGUACCUGGCUAGGCGGCGAGCUAAGCCGAUCAUCAACCCUCGAAUACAAAGGGCUAUCAACAAGAGGAUCUCCCGGAUGAGGAGUCCUAAUGGGGGAAUGGGUUCAGUUGCCAGCAGUGGUGGGAGAAGCAGUCCUCUUGGGUUUAGUGAGCGGCUGUCGUUAGCAUCGGGUUCCAUCGGUUCAGGGGCUGGAGAUGCUGCGCCGUUGUCGCCACAGCAACUUGGUGUUAUGGGCAUGGAGGCCCUGGAGACCAGUAUAAACUACUGGGAGGACGCGCUGGCCGCGUUCUCUCUGGGCGCGCGCGGCGGCGUGUCCGGCACGCUGGCGCUCACCUCGCCCGAGGAGGCAGAGUUCUGCCGCGAGAUACAGGACCUGCUGCAGAAUGCCUAUCUCUUGCAGGAGCGGUGCGAGCUGCUGUUUCUGGACCAGCGCUCGGUGCUGUUCCGGUCGGAGAGCGGCGGCGCGGGCGCGGCGUCGGCGGGCUCGGGCCCCGCGCGCCGCGACCGCCUGCUGUCCACGCACACCGCCUCCGAGCACACGCGCCGCGACCACCACUCCAGCGCAGAAUCCUUCGCCUCCGCCGAGGACCAGGUUGCUGAUCUCCGAGAUUUCGAUGAUUUGUCGGAAGCCUUACCCGAAUUGGAAAACCUGGAAUUAUAUCAGGCUGCUCUUAAACAAUUUGAAAUCGGCAUUCCAUACAGAACCUUGCGCACAGAAAUAGUACAGUGUAGCUCAGACUCGGAGUUCUUGUGCAAGCUCCACUGCCUGCGGCUGGCAUUCACGCAAGUUUUCAAGGACGCCGCCGUUUGGGCGUGGUUCGUAGACGCCGGGAGACAAGUCCUUACUGAUCUUCUAUUGUUUGCUGAUAAGGAACCUAAAGAAUUUUUGGUGGCAUACGAAGAAAUGGUAUCAUGGGCUACUGACGGAGCCAACUGGGCAACAAUAGAAAGUGAGCUAUCGAGUAAAGGCGUUAAGGCGUUGACAUUCUACGACGUGGUUUUGGACUAUAUCUUGUUGGACGCAUUUGAAGACCUCGCGUCGCCGCCCUCGUCAGUGCUUGCCGUUGUCCGGAAUCGAUGGUUGUCCGACGGAUUCAAAGAGAGUGCAUUAACCACUGCCGUUUGGUCUGUGAUAAAAGCAAAACGACGAUACCUGCAGUUCCCCGACGGUUUUAUGGCUCAUUUCUACUCGAUAUCAGAACAUUUACUACCAGUUCUAGUGUGGGGUUUCUUAGGCCCACACGAACGUCUCCGUGACGUAUGCGAGACCUUCCAAGCAGAGAUUGUAGGAUUCAUUUCGGACCUAUUCAACUUUCAGAAAUGUCGUUAUACCAACGUAGAUGAUCUCUCAGCUGAUAUAAUGCAGCAUGCUAGAUUACGUUCUGCCAAUAUCACUGACAAACUAGCUGAAAGAAUUUAAAAACUUAAACAUGAAUAUUCUAUGGCGCGAAUACGAUCACGAUUUCAUUCGUCACGCGAAUCUAGACUAAUCUAAAAUAUUGACAUUUCAUUAACUGGCAUUUUUCGGGUAGGCGCUAAGUUUGUAUUUAAUUGAUGCGAAAGUUCGUUAUUACGCACGUGUAGAGUAGGGCCUAAAAGCUUGGGCACUUGGGCGUAUUUUCAAAGCGUGGGGGAAUUUUCAAUUUCAGAUGCGGAUAUUAUAAAUAUUUUCAAAGAUACUGAUACGCCUAAUAUAAAUGCGCGUGUUAUGUCACUUAAAAACCACCGCAACGAACCUAUUACAAGGUCUUCUUCAAAGGCUAUGUACCUAUGCGUUUUAAAAAUAUGCUUUUUGCAUAAAGUUUAGUGAAACAAAUAUACCCGCUAGAGAUAAACUUCCUGUUACUAGCGUAACAUUCCUGUUAUCAUUGGGUAUAGAGUUUGAGAGCUAGAACAAAAUAUUUAUUACUGUGCGAAUCGAAACGUCUAUGUAUUAUAUUAGCUGUAAGAUAAAGUGUUUAUUGUUUCUGUCUCGGAUAACAGAUGUGUCACCAGAGUGUUGAAGGAUAUCUGGGUGCUAGUGCUCAAUUUAAUAGCUUAUUGAUUACAAACUAACUCUGCAUUUCGUGCUUAUUGCAUUAAAACUAUUCAUGCAUUCCAUUAUGGAAGUACCAUUAAAGGUACUGUCCGUAGAUUCUUACGUACAAACAUUCAUUUCAAGCUUAUAGUUCACACAAAACAUUGCUUCCCUGGGCCCGGCGCAAAUAAGGCAAAGAGUACCGAAGCUGAUUUUUUGUAUUGUAAACUGACAUCUUCUUUUGUCAAAUUGCUUUUUAUUGAAAAGUGGCAUUUUCUGAGCAUUAAGACCUUCCAUCAUUCGCUUGAAAGGCAUCUUCUGGAAGCGAAAGUUGGCUUGCACUACACUUCGCCAUUUUGUAUGUCGGGCCAUAAUCCAUGAUAUCUAUUAAAAUAGUGUUUGUUAAAUAAUUGCAUUUGUUAUCAGAAGUAGAAUUUAAUUUCUACUUUCUAUGUUAAGUUAUAAAAACAAUCAGGUGUAUCUUUGUAAAUAUAGAAUAAAUAUAUUACAAAUAUCAUACAA